ACCCGACAUCACCAUCUUUUUUUCUUCCUUUCCUCCCUUUUGCACCCUCUCCCACCUCUGUUUCUGCCUACCACUCGCGUCCAGCACUUGUCGUCUGAGUGUUUCCCCUCCCCUUUUUGAAUGUCUACUCCGGGUGGCGCAUUGCUCGUUGCUCCUUCCCUCCAAACCUCUGCCCAAUGUUUGUCUCCCCAACUUCAUCACCCCGAGUACCUGCCACCACAACAAGCCUUGGAGCCGACGCCCCAAUCCCACCACCACACCCAUCAUCGUCACCGUUGCCUCUGCCUCUGCCCUCGAUCCGACGUUGUCGUUCACGAAGCACCUGCUACCUACCAAGUUAUGGAUCGCGCGCGCACUCAGGGAUUGGUUUCGAGAGCGUGUGAGCACAGCACGUAGCUUCAGGUUCUUCCAUCGUUUUGUUCCCUUCUUGAAUUUUUU